AGUUUGCAUUCGACGGCGGCGACUCCGAAGUUCAUUCCAUCAAAACAGUCUUCCUUUAUCUUGCAUCGGUUGUGAGAGUUUAUUCGCACAUUAUAUCAUCAAGUGUGAAGUGAAUAUGUUCACGUUUUGUAUGUCUAUUUGUCGCACCCCUUUAAUGGAGCAUGAACUUCGACUCAAGCGUGAUAUUAAAACUGUGAAGAGUGGCUAUCUAGCACGUUAUAGACGUGGCUUUUUCUGUUCAAGAUGGACCAAAGAAUGGGUAUCGUUAUAUGAAGACUCCACAUUUGCGUGGUAUACUGAUAAGUGCCUUAGCAAACUGAAGGGUUGUAUUCGUAUCGGUGAUGCUCCUGAAUUUUUUGCAGUCGGCGAAUGGACCAAAGUUGCGCCAACAAAACCGAAAUUUUCACGUCAUUACAAUGUUGGUCAGUUACUUGUGAUCGGUAGCAAAAAACGGGAUGAUAUUCAUUGGUUUGCCGCACCAUCUUCAGCUGAAAUGAAUGAUUGGUUAACCGCUAUCAGCAAUACACUUCCGCCUCCACCACCAACAACUGAAACACGAGAUGGAGAGGAAAAUUUUGCCAAAAAACACGACAAUUCUGUAUUAAAAAAUACAAUGAGACCCAAGAAAAAAAUUCUUACGGAAAAACGAUGCGAUUGCUACAACUUAUCUCCGAGCCAAAAGAAAAAUAGAAAUUAUGACGCGGAUUACACCCCUCUAUCUGCGGCUUGUAUCGAUUGGGGCCAUGGUUGGGGCUGGGGACAAAAUGCCUUUCUAAAUACUUCCAUAUAUAAUUAUCAUGAUGCAGCCACCAUUACUCAUACAACUAAUUACAUUUAUUCCCCUCCCGUAGAAGAUUAUACAUAUUCUUAUUCGGGUUUAGAAGACGUUGAUUGGGGAAUCGCAGAUCUUAUUAUGUGAAUGUGAACUAGACGAUAGUGAUGAAACAGAUCCGUAUAACCAUGAUAAAUGUUGGCCGAGACUAACAAAAUAUCUAUUGGUUUUUGACUGCUUUAGUUUGUCCAAUCAACUGUAAGGAAGUAUCAAGAAUGAAAUUUAUCCCCACAGUGUUGUAUGGAGCUCUCCAGUUACGACCAAUUCAAGUUUCUUGCAAAGCACAGAAGUUUGGGAUUGUACACGUCAAUUAUAUGAUUACUUAUUGUCCUUAAAACUAGCAGUCAUAAACUGAUUUAUAUGUAUAGAAUGAUAGAAUAUAUUCGUAUAUUAUAUUGUUCGCUGGUCCUAUGAAUUUUGUAAAGGUAAAUAAAUACGUUGAAUUAUACAAAAUUUCAAUUCGGCCUAGAAGAAUUGUUCUUAAUUUUGUAUUGAGAUCAAAUUAAUCAGAAUUGAGUUUAGUAUCAAAAAUCAUUUAUUCGCUAAUAUAAAUUAUUUUUCAGUUACUUUUUAAAAUAUAUAAUUUUUUUACAUUAAUUUGUCUACAACAUUUUGUAAUAUGCCAUAUUUCAGCAAUUAAAUAAGACAAGCUAAACUGUAUAUAGGUAUAUAUGUGCCAAAUAGAAAUAAAAUGUUUAAAUAUUAAGGUACUUAUUGACUAAUAUCUGUAUUUAAUAAAUAGUUUCACUGCCAAUGACAUGAUUAAGAAUUUAUAAAUGUAUAAUCUCUUUACCUGUCACCUGUUACGUUUUUUGUUACCUCAAAUUAUAAUUUCAUCUAUAACAGCUGAUUGCGGAUUGCUGAUCGAGGAACAUAGUAUACUUUCGAUUUUUAUUAUUUUUCUCUGCGUUUAUUCUUCCAUGAUAUUUAUUUAGUUGUAGAUAAAAUAGAUUCCAGAUGCUCAAUAAUUGUAAUUGAGCAGCUAUAAACAAUUAACCCUCUCAUAGGGAUUUCGCACUAAAAUUAAAUACUAAUAAGGUAUUUUUAUGCUGAAAUGCCGAAAUGUAUAAAGACCAUAAACCUCAGUAACUUAUCAAUGUCGCUGUUACAUUAUAUAUGAUAUAAUAUUCUAUUUCAGAUGUAAAUUCCUUUAAAUUGCCUAUCAAAACUUUUCUCACGAGUCCUAUAAACGAUGGACGGCAACACUCUUAUACUAUUUUUCUUUUUUGAAACAAUAGCGAAAAAGUAACACCGCAAUAAACAGUUUUAGUCAUUAAGUAGACCAAAUAUUUCUAAAUUGUAACAUAUGAACAGUUUUUUAUGUUCAAGUAAUACUGUUAAUGUAAUUUCUUGCUUUAAAAAACAUUAUUCAUUCAAUGCUUCUUAUGUUGUAUGAAGAACCCUUAAUUGACGGUAUCGUCCAGUUUAUUUUAAUUUUCUUUUCUUUAGUUAACUUUAGGUAAGAUUCCAACGUUCCAAUAUUCAACCGUACGUUGGCGGAAACAUUGGACUCUGUAAUAUCAUCGGCUUAAUAUGUUGUCUGACGCAAUUUCAGAAAUGAUUCGAUAACAAUUUUCAUAAUUUUUUUUUUCUAUAAAUUCUUGUUGAUAUGUUACAAUAUUCCGUUUAUAGUGAAUGUUCUAAACCUUAGACUGUUGAAUAAGUGGUCUCAUUUAGAUCUUAAAUUUUAUAUACCGACUGUUUUAUAACAAUUUAUACUGAAUAAAUUUUAGAACCAUUUGUAAACAGAUGAUUCACUAUUAAUAUUAAAAGCGAUUUUGAAAUAAAUACCCUGUGAAUUUAUGUUGUAAAAAAGAGUUACGAAUAAUUGAAUCGAAAUAUUUAAAUUAACUAUAAAUUAUUUUAAUCAAAUAAAAACGAGAAGGUAUUGAAAGACUUAACAAUUCUUAAUUUACAGGAAGAUACAAAUUAUAAAUAAUAACGUUGACGUUUUAAAAGAAAAAUGUUCAAAAAUUUUAUUUAAUAUGCACCAAAAUGUGUAGUGCUUGAAAUUCUAUGUUCAAAAUUGAGGGUACAUCUUCAUGUACUUUUUUUGUAUAAAACUGAAGUCUCACAUUUUUAUGUUUUUUCUUAUUUCUUUAUAAUUCUGAGAUAUUUCCAAGAAAGUGGUUUUUGGGGUAAUUUUUCUGUUUUCUCAAAUGAAAUUAAUUAUUUUUUUAAAUAUAAAUCCUUAGAUAGUAAGUUGAAAUAAUCUUCUAUUGAAAACUGAAGAGAAUGAUACUUUAAACCUACAACAUAAAACGAAAAAGUUUUAAUACUGUUUAUCAAAACGAAGCUAUAUACCUAGAGUUUUAAAUAAAUAGAACAAAAGAAAUUGUUAAGUAAUUCAAAUACCAAAAUUGAACCUGCACUAUUUGAAUAGACUUCAUUAUAGUUUUUAUUAUAAUUAUAUUUUCGUAUUUAUGAUCCACACUUUAAUAGAUGGGAUAUUAUCUAUUAAUCUUUCUUUACUGAAGUAAUUGGAAAAUUAAAUCGAAUUAAAAUAAUUUCAAUAGAAUCCUUUGUGUUAUCUCAAUGUUUUGACCAUGUAAUAUCACAUAUAAGAUAAAAAUUGAUGGAUAUUCAUGUAAAAUGUGAAAAUAAAUGUAUUUAAAGGGA